AAAAAUUAAGUUUGGUUGAAGAUUCUCAAAUUGUAAAUAGCAAGUCAUCUUUGGAACAAUCUCAAUUUUUGCUUACUAGAGGUACUUUUUAUCAAAAUAAGCAUGGAAAAACAGAAUCUCACCAUAUUUCAAUACCUCCUGAUUCACUUAAUAAUACUUAUACUCCAAUUAGAGAUAUUCUUCUUUAUUUAUCUAAAUUACAUGAUUUAUUAUUUUUACAAUAUCUAUUGUUUUAUAAAACUUUUAAAAGUCAAAAAGUUGCUAGUACAAAAGUAAUUGAAUAG